AGUGCAGGUGAAUCAAUUGCUAUGUUUCAUGGAGACCUGCUAUACUCUUCAAAAGAUAUCAUCAAGAAGUUGGAGAUGGAAUUAAGAUAUUUUCAGCAAAACCGGAGUCCUAAUUGGUGGAUGAAUUCAAACAGAUGCAGCCAUAAAUCCUGGGAACAGCAGAGAUCCUCUCCUGGAUUCUAAGGGAAGGAUGAGUGGAAUUGACACAGCAAUAUUUACUCAGACAGGUAGAAGCCGGUCACACACAAGCACAUCCUAGUGAAGGAGUUAAAGGAGCCGGCCCCACCCAGAUGCUGGUAGCUCAAUUGUGACAUACAUUGGUGGUGAUUACAAACUUCACCAAAGGAUGCCUUUCGCUGUCGAACUACAAGGAACACCAUUACCUGAUUGCAGCAGGUUUGGUCAAUAGAGCUGCUGAUGCUGACCUGUUAAAACUUUGAACAGGAGGCCCUGGCCAUGGCUGUCUAGUCAAGAUCAGAACCUCAAGUCUUUGUAGGUUUGGUGCAAAACCUUGUUGUUUUAGUUGCUGAGUAUAUGAGUGGACCGGUUGGAGAUCCAGUCAAUUGGGACAAAAGCAUGGGCAUCAAAAUGUUUGAUGGUGAUUCUUUCCACUCUGAGAAGAAUAAGAAAAGCAUUCUAGUUGAUGAUUCUUUUAUGAUUCAACCUCAGUCAAUAGUCGAUGAUCAAUCAAAUUCUCACUUCGGGACUGACAUAAGCAUGGUUGCAGACAUUGUAGGAGUUACUCAACCUCAAAGUGACACGCCAGAAUUUCACAGGAAAGGCUUGAAGUUUUUUCCUGCUCGAGAGUCGGAUGACCUUUACAUGGUGAUUGAUUGGGAUUCAGCUGCAGAGCAUGUCAUGACAUCUUGGACUCUUGAAAUGGAUUAUGCAAAUAAUAUUUCUACAACUGAAGCUGAUAGAGGCCCCUCUGAUAUUGAAACAACUGGUUGCAUUGAUGAUGAGCUGGCUUCUAAUGGUAAGAGCAUUGGUAGUACAAACAGUGGGGCUUCUAAAGAAAAAGUUUCUAUUAAAGAAGCAAGGUCUAAAGCCUUGGGUGAACCUCUUGUGAAAAGCACAUCUGAAAUUAUACUGAGCGUCUACAAAGGCGUAAGAGUGGAAUUUUCAGGUUUACCGGGGACGAGAAGUUUGAUUGGAAAUAGGUCUUAGGUAAGUUUCCUCCGUAUUCCCUAUUCUCUCAAAUUUCUCGUUGUUCUUUAAUUUUCUCUUGUAUGUGUGGGUGUUAUAUGUCGAAUGUGCGUGUAGUAGGAAAAUUAAUUUUCAAUAUGUUGAUUUCUUUGUUUUCUUCUAAUGUUGAUGUUCCGUUGUCUAUUAGAAAUUUCCUUAGUUUCGUGUGCAAAUAAAUUUAUUUCCAUUCAACGACAUUGUGAAUUAAGAGGUUUCCUGAGGAAAAGAAUAGAUUCGUCGGAGAUACUUUUGUUGUGUAAGAGUGGAAUUUUAAGGUUUACCGGGGACAAGAGAAGUUUGAUUGGAAAUAGGUCUUGGAAAUUUUGUUUAGUUUCGUGUGCGAAUAAAUUUAUUUCCAUUCAACGACAUUGGGAAUUAAGAGGUUUCUCGGGGACAAGAAUAGAUUCGUCGGAGAUACUUCUGUUGCGUAAGAGUGGAACUUUCAGGUUUACCGGGAACAAGAGAAGUUUGAUUGGAAAUAGGUCUUGGGCGUAAGAGUGGAACUUUCAGGUUUACCGGGGACAAGAGAAGUUUGAUUGGAAAUAGGUCUUGGGUAAGUUUCCUCCGUAUUCCUUAUUCUCUCAAAUUUCUCGGCGUUCUUUAAUUUUCUCUUCUAUAUUUGGCUGUUAUAUGUCGAAUGUGUGUGUUUAGUUGGAAAAUUAAUUUUGAAUAUGUUGAUAAUUGUGUUUUCUACUAAUGUUGAUGUUCCGUUGUGUAUUAGAAAUUUUGUUUAGUUUCGUGUGCGAAUAAAUUUAUUUCCAUUCAACGACAUUGGGAAUCAAGAGGUAGUUUUCUUCUUCUCGUUUUUACAUUUGACCUAUACUCCUUUCGCUACCAUCUAUUAACGUAAGGGUGAAAUUUAUCAGGUUUCCCAGGGACAAGAAUAGAUUCGUCGGAGAUACUUCUAUUGAAUGUUUAUUUCGUAUUCCCUAUUAUCCUCCAUUUCGCAGUUUUCUUCAUUCUUCUGUUUUAUCUUUGGGCGUUGUUUGUUGACUGGAAAUAUGUAUUAGAGAAUUAAUUUUCAAUCCUUUGAUUUAUUUGUUUGUUUGUAAGCUUCAUGUUGCGUUUUGUAAUGCUCGUUUCUUUCGUUUCGUAUCAGAAUAAUAUUAUUUGCUUUUAAUCACAUUGUGCCUAAAGUGGUAAUUUUCUAAUUCUCGUUGUCACUUUGGAUCUCUACUCUUUUCUAUACCUUCUAUAGGCGUAAGAGUGGAACUUUCAGGUUUACCGGGGACAAGAGAAGUUUGAUUGGAAAUAGGUCUUGGGUAAGUUUCCUCCGUAUUCCUUAUUCUCUCAAAUUUCUCGGCGUUCUUUAAUUUUCUCUUCUAUAUUUGGCUGUUAUAUGUCGAAUGUGUGUGUUUAGUUGGAAAAUUAAUUUUGAAUAUGUUGAUAAUUGUGUUUUCUACUAAUGUUGAUGUUCCGUUGUGUAUUAGAAAUUUUGUUUAGUUUCGUGUGCGAAUAAAUUUAUUUCCAUUCAACGACAUUGGGAAUCAAGAGGUAGUUUUCUUCUUCUCGUUUUUACAUUUGACCUAUACUCCUUUCGCUACCAUCUAUUAACGUAAGGGUGAAAUUUAUCAGGUUUCCCAGGGACAAGAAUAGAUUCGUCGGAGAUACUUCUAUUGAAUGUUUAUUUCGUAUUCCCUAUUAUCCUCCAUUUCGCAGUUUUCUUCAUUCUUCUGUUUUAUCUUUGGGCGUUGUUUGUUGACUGGAAAUAUGUAUUAGAGAAUUAAUUUUCAAUCCUUUGAUUUAUUUGUUUGUUUGUAAGCUUCAUGUUGCGUUUUGUAAUGCUCGUUUCUUUCGUUUCGUAUCA